GUGAUUGUAUCAACAAUAAUUUGAAGUUACUUUAUUUUAAUAAUUACUUUUGCUUUAAUAAUUGCUUUUAUAUUUGCAUAAUGCGGCUGAAUAAUAUUAUUGCUAGAUUUCUAGUUUGUAGUUUGUAGUAGUUGUAAUACUCUUCGUUAAUAUUUAAUAAAUUUAUAUUUCUGGUACUGGAACUUCAACUACCUACUUCACAGUUGUAAACAACCGCAAAUUCUCUGAAAUUAUACGCCGGGUCGGCGGUGCGCGGACAUGCCGCGCGCGCGAUGAGCGGCGGCGCGCCGGCGCGCUGCCGCGUGAGCAGCGAGCAGCUGCACGCGCUGCUGUCGUUCAUGGAGGAGCACCGCGACUUCGCAGCCGGCAAGCAGUCCAUCUACUCCCGCUUCAGCGCCUGCAAGCUGUGGCGCUUGCUGGCCGAGCGCCUCAACGCUGCCGCCGACGAGUCGGGCGGCGCGCACAAGUCACCCGACAAGUGGUGCCGUUAUUGGGCAGACAUCAAGUACCGGGCUCGCAAGAAGUGGGCAGCCGGAGAGUCUCUGGGCGACCUGUCCAGUGUGGAGGAGCGGCUGCAGAGCAUACUCGGCACGAGGCCCACUGAUCCGGGCGCGGCGUUCGGCGCGCGCGGCGCGGGCGCGCUGCUGGCGGACGAGGCGGACGAGCGCAAGCUGGACGAGGACGCGUACUCGGAGCAGGAGUGCGCCGACGCGCCGCGCCUCGCCACCGAGGAGCUGCUGGCCGAGGCCGCCAUGCGCAGCGCGCUGGCCGCCGAGAAGCAGGCCGAGGCCGUGGCGCAGGGCGUGGAGCUGCUGCGCGAGCUGGUGGCGCUGCUGCGGGAGCGCGCGCCCGAGCACGCGGGCGCGCCGCACCACCACCGGCUGUAGCUCAGCGCGGCGCGGCCGGCGCCAGCCCCGCGCGCGCCGCCACCUCGGCGUACACGGGGUCGGCGAGCGCGCGCGCGCGGGCGGCGCCGUGCCGCAGCAGCUCGUGCAGCAGCGCCGGGCGCGCCAGCAGCGCCUGAGC